AGACCUAGUUGACACUGAAAAUUGCUUUCAAGGGAUCGACGUAAAGCAGCGAGUCCGCUCAUGGUCACCUUUAAAGCCGAGAGAGGCGGAGAGCAAAGACACGAAGCGGCCCUCCCCUCCGCGCGCCCCGCUGGGUGACAGGCGAGCAAAGCGAGCACACCCACUCGCCCACUCCGCGCGAAGAGAGCGGAGCCCCGGCCGUCGGCGAACAGAGAAGAUGGCAGAGCGGCAACAGCAGAAGCACGAAGGCAGGGUCAAAAUCGGACAUUACAUCCUGGGCGACACGCUCGGAGUGGGGACUUUCGGCAAAGUAAAGAUCGGGGAGCACCAAUUGACAGGUCAUAAAGUGGCGGUGAAGAUCCUGAACAGGCAAAAGAUCCGAAGCCUGGAUGUGGUGGGCAAAAUCAAACGGGAGAUUCAGAAUCUGAAACUAUUCAGGCACCCACACAUCAUCAAGCUGUACCAAGUGAUAAGCACACCAACAGAUUUCUUCAUGGUCAUGGAGUAUGUGUCUGGUGGAGAGCUCUUUGACUACAUCUGUAAACAUGGACGGGUGGAAGAUACUGAAGCUCGCCGCCUUUUCCAGCAGAUUAUCUCGGCCGUUGACUACUGCCACAGACAUAUGGUGGUCCACAGAGACCUCAAGCCUGAGAAUGUCCUCCUGGAUGCCAGCAAGAAUGCCAAGAUCGCUGACUUUGGUCUAUCAAACAUGAUGUCUGACGGAGAGUUCCUUAGGACGAGUUGCGGUUCUCCCAACUACGCCGCCCCUGAGGUCAUCUCAGGAAGGCUGUACGCGGGCCCAGAGGUAGACAUAUGGAGCUGUGGCGUGAUCCUGUACGCGUUGCUAUGCGGGACGCUGCCCUUUGACGACGAGCACGUGCCCACACUGUUCAAAAAAAUCAGAGGGGGCGUGUUCUACAUCCCCGAGUACCUGACACGUUCGGUCGCCUCGCUGCUGAUGCACAUGCUGCAAGUGGAUCCAUUGAAGAGAGCUACCAUCAAGGACAUCAGGGAGCACGAGUGGUUCAAACAAAAUCUGCCGUGCUACCUCUUUCCUGAGGACCCGACGCAUGACACCACAGUCUUGGAUGAGGAGGCUGUCAAAGAAGUGUGCGAUAAGUUCGAGUGCAAUGAGUGUGAGGUGGUGUCUAGCCUUUACAGUGGUGAUCCUCAGGACCAGUUGGCAGUGGCUUAUCACCUCAUCAUAGACAACCGGCGCAUCAUGACGCAGGCCAGCGAGUUCUACCUGGCCUCCAGUCCGCCGCAGGGCUCCUUCAUUGAAGAGGGCAUGCCACUACCGCCAGGGGUCAAGCCGCAUCCGGAGCGGAUGCCGCCACUGUUGGCCGACAGCCCCAAGGCGCGCUGCCCGCUUGACGCCCUCAACACCACUCGACCUAAGCCGCUCGCCGUCAAGAAGGCCAAGUGGCACCUGGGCAUCCGGAGCCAGAGCCGACCCUACGACAUCAUGGCCGAGGUUUACAGGGCCAUGAAGCACCUGGGUUUUGACUGGAAGGUGGUGAACCCGUACCAUCUACGAGUGCGCAGGAAAAACCCGGUGACGGGCAACCUAGUGAAAAUGAGCCUUCAGCUCUACCAGGUGGACAACCGAUCCUACCUACUCGACUUCAAAAGCAUCGAUGACGACAUCAUCGAAGCGGCUGGCUUCAAGUCGGGCUCGUCCACCCCUCAGCGAUCCGGCUCGACGGCGGGCCUGCACCGGCCUCGCCUUAGCAUCGACUCGGCGAGUCAGACCACGGAAAUACCUCAGCUCAGCUCAUCCUUGCCAGGCUCGCUUUGCGGCAGUUCCCCGACGCUCGUUCCGCGCCAGGGCUCGCACACUAUGGAUUUCUUCGAAAUGUGCGCCAGUCUCAUCACCACAUUGGCUCGCUGAGUAGAUGCCAGAUAGAUGUGAAGGAGAAGACAAUCAGUCUUGGUGUCAAAAGCAACCUGGUUCUACACAGGAUGUCAAGGGACCCAUGAAAUCUUCACUCAAGAUGGUAAAGGUUAGGGGGAAAAAAAACACAAUCUCUUUUUUAACUGCUGGAACAUCGCCGCCUACUGUAACGCUUCAUCCUGACACUGAUCAGAGGUCAGUUUGAAGUCUUGAGGGAGCACGUAGAUGAUUCAAUUCCGGAUCUGUGGAAAUGGCCGUUAUCCAUGUAUAUUACAGUGCCUUGCAAACGUAUUCGGCCCCCUUGAACCUUGCAACCUUUCGCCACAUUUCAGGCUUCAAACAUAAAGAUAUAAAAUUUUAAUUUUUUGUCAAGAAUCAACA